UUAUGUGCUUUAGCUUAUUGUAUGUGCCCUAUGAUGAAUUAAUUGAAAUUUACAAUUUAAUUCUGGACAGUUUAAACAAUAUUAUGACGUCAAAAUACUGAAGCGAGAAAAAACAUGAAAUUUUUCCGCAUUCAUUUGCGAUACUUUGGCCAUUGCUAACAGUUAACUUCUUGUAGGUUGCUAUUACAAUCCAUUGAUUUGCGUUAAUAUAUUUGCUAAUAAUUUGUUUGUUUUAAUAGAUAUAACCAAAUGUCUGACGUUCUACACCGACCGGGCUUCCUUACGCGACUUCGUAAAGGGGCUCGAAGCUUUUUCUCCAGAUUAUUUCUUUGCGUACGACGACGACCAAAACUUAUAGACACUUCGGAAGCUGGCACACAUUUUACCUCAUCGUUACCAUCGUUAUCAGACAUCUCGAUGACAUCUGAAGAAGAUCUCCUGGGAGAUCUCAAUCAAUCUGCUAUCGCUCAUAGCGAGGAUUUUAUCCCUCGUGACUUUGACCAGUAUGAACGAACUUCCUUUGAAGACUUAUCCUCGAUCCACACCGAUCCUUGGGAGGACUUGUUUGACGAACCAUCAUACUAUGAUGAUGGUAACCAGAACGAAGAGGACCCACCUCGUAUUCCAAUUAUUGUCACCGACAUUUACAUGCAAGGCAAAUCUAGGAUGCAUCAGGCCGCACAGAUCAUCGUUUAUUUUGUAAAUGGUCACGUGACUAUGUCUGUAAGACUUGGGCUUCAUUAGAUAUUUCAAGCACUUUGACCGCUGUGAGAUUUGAAUAGAGAAGCUGCCAUAAUUAUACAACACAAAACAAUUGUCCUACGUUCUAAUGAACCUGAACGUCCAGCAGCAUAGAAGAACAGCUAAAGAGAACACCAUCAGAGUUAUCCGGCCGAGGGUGCCAAGUAUGAAGAACAACCUGGCCCUUUUUGUUAAAGUUAAAAAAAUUUUCGUAAAUAUAAAAAAAAGGGGAUGUAACUAUCUUGAAGAGAUAACCAAAUGACUGAAAACUUCCAGAAAUAUUUUAAAUAAAAGAUUAAAAAUCA